UCAUUUCCCUUUUUAAGCUUGGAAACUCCGAGACAAUUCCACUUGACUUAUUUACCCCUAAUAUCAUUCUUUCAAUUUACUUAAAUCUCCUUGGUUCCUUCGUCAUUGAGCGUGGGAAGAUGGAGAAAGUGUUUGUAGGGAGUGAUAAGUUUGCUGAGUCUUCAUGCAACAGUUUCAACACUGUUCUUGCUUUGUUAUUAUGGCUUGGAGCUAUUCAUUUCAAUGGAGUAGUGAUGGUUUUUGCACUCUUCUUUCUUCCUUUCUCCAAAGCACUCUUGGUUUUUGGUUUUCUGUUUGUGUUGAUGGUGAUUCCUAUUGAUGAAAAGAGCUUAUUUGGUCGAAAAUUAGCCAGGUAUAUAUGUAAGCAUGCUUGUAGUUACUUCCCUGUCACGCUUCAUGUAGAGGAUAUAAAGGCUUUCCAUCCAAAUCGUGCUUAUGUUUUUGGUUACGAACCACAUUCAGUUCUGCCAAUUGGAGUUGUUGCGCUAGCCGACAGCACAGGUUUUAUGCCUCUUCCGAAAAUAAAAGUUCUUGCAAGCAGUGCAAUAUUUUACACACCAUUUCUGCGACACAUAUGGACAUGGUUGGGUCUGACACCGGCAACAAAGAAAAAUUUCACAUCCUUGCUGGAUGCAGACUAUAGUUGCAUCUUAGUCCCAGGUGGAGUUCAAGAAACAUUUUUCAUGGAGCACGGUUGUGAGAUUGCAUUUCUCAAGGCAAGAAGAGGAUUUGUCCGCAUAGCAAUGGAGAAAGGGAAACCCCUGGUUCCAGUUUUUUGCUUCGGACAGUCAGAUGUCUAUAAGUGGUGGAAACCAGGUGGGAAGCUAAUUCUGAAUAUCGCAAGGGCUAUCAAGUUCAUCCCGAUAUAUUUUUGGGGAAUUUUCGGAUCUCCAAUACCAUUCAAACAUCCCAUGCAUGUGGUGGUGGGUAGACCAAUUGAGCUUGAGAAAAAUCCGAAACCGACGCCUGAGGAGGUUGCUAAAGUACAUAGUCAGUUUGUUGAAGCACUUCAAGAUCUUUUUGAAUGCAACAAAACUCGAGCUGGAUAUCCGAACCUUGAGUUGAGAAUUGUUUGACAAUGUCACAACUUCGACCAAGUAUCUCCUCUUAGGUUAGGCUAUGUUUGGAUUGAUAAUACAACUUGUUUAAAUUAAGAAUGUAGAAAAAUGUAAGAACUCUGUGAUCAUGUCUCAGUAUUAUUAACACUAGUCAUCUUCUAGUAUUAUAAGA